AUGGUAGAUGCUAUAGCUGGUUCUGACAUGAAGAAAGAAGCUGAACACCAUGCACUCGAGCAUCUAGAGAAAGUCGACUCGAAAGAUUCACUGCACCGCAACGACCUGGGUCAAGAUGCAACAACCCUGCGAGGUUACUGGGCCUCGCCUAGACUACUAGGUUCGAUCCUGGCUUCAUUUCUUCUGGCAAACAGCAUCUACAUCGGCUACGCGAUGCCGGUCAGCAUACUCUCAGUCAUGAAUGUUGACAUCGGACCUUCUCCAAACAUCUAUCUGGUCUCAUUGGUAUACACGCUUUUCACUGGAGUGCUGCAUUUGUUCUUUGCCCGUCUUUCGGAUAUUCUAGGUAGACGGUAUUUCCUUGUGGGAGGCCAAACAUUUGGAGUGAUUGGUUCCAUCAUCUGCGCCACGGGCAAUAGCAUCAACGUUCUCAUCGGCGGUAGCGUCCUUGCUGGCAUUGGUGGUGCCGCAGGGCUGCUCUAUCCUGUUGUCAUACAUGAACUGCUACCGAACAAACACCGACCCUGGGGUCAGGCUGCAAUAACGCUGGCAGUCCUGCCUACGCUGGGGUUUGGCCCCGCUAUUGCGAGGACCAUGAUCGCACAAACUGCGGUUGGCUGGCGAGGAGUCUACUGGCUCAAUGUUGCGGUGUCAGGAGCGUCAGUGGUCCUCUUUGCCACCUGUUACUUUCCGCCGAACUUCCAUAUGAUCAACAGUGAGUUGACCAAGUGGCAAGAGGUGAAGGCGUUAGACUACGGGGGUCUGCUGCUAUAUUUUGGCGGCUUGAUCUUGGUCCUCAUGGGUUUCACGUGGGCCCAAGGGACUUAUGCCUGGCAAAGUGCACAUGUUCUCGGCUCACUCAUCGUUGGGACCGUCACCUUGGUGGCAUUUGGUAUCUAUGAAACGUACAUGCCACUGAAACAACCAUUGCUACCAGUCAGGCUCUUCAAGAUCCCAAACAUCACCGCCUGUAUCUUUGUCGGCUCUACCAUGCAGAUGGUCUGGCUGGCCCUAAAUGUAUUUUGGCCCAUCCAAAUCAGUGUGCUUUUUACUUCGAACGAAGUAACCAUCGGCUUGCUAUCCUGCACUACAGGGAUUGCAUUGGCAGCGGGCGAGCUCAUUUUUGCACCUAUAUUCAGAGCCGUGGGAUAUUUGAAGUGGCAAAUGGUAGUUGCGAGUUUGAUGACCGCUGUCUUUGGCACUGCGAUGGCUGCAGUGACGCACAAAACAGAAAACAUGGGCAUUGCCUUCACAGUGCUGGCCGGUCUUGCAGUUGGAUGGAUCGAGAUGGUAACUAUUGUCGUCACCGGACUUGUGGCUCCACCAAACGAUAUUGGUGUUGCCCAAGGCUUCUUUGGAUCUACCAGACUGACUUUCGGAACUGUAGCGGUCAGCAUCUACCUGGCUAUCUACAGCAACAGACUGACGGCCUUCCUGCCGCAGGAGAUCGUUCCCGCUGUCUUGAGCGCGGGUCUGCCGGCCAGCAGUAUCCCAGAUCUUUUCAUGGCUAUCACCAAUGGCACUGCAGCAGCCUUGGAAGAAGUGCCGAGAAUGACCGAUGGAGUCCUUGAUGCCGUUGCACUUGCCACGAAACUGGCAUAUGCCCAUGCUUUCAAGAUUGUGUAUCUGGCAACACUAGCCUUCACGGGCAUUGGAUUGGUCUCGGCAUUCUUCAUCACGGACGUCGACGCUUUCCUCACAAACUACGUCAAUAAAACCAUACGCAAGCCAAAGGUUGGAAGCUCCGAUAAGGCCGAAGUGUGA